CCGUUGAAUUCACUGGCAGCCAUAAGGCUGUGGCCAGAGCCAGUCUGGCUGUCAGGGAACAGUCAUGUCCUAUACCCAUCGCUGGGCUUGUGGCUUGAAACCCCACAGGAGGGCAGGGCUGCUGGCUGUUGUGGCUUCCCACGUCCAGGGAGAUGUGGACCCGGGGCCUAUGCUCCUGGCAGCAGUGCUCAGUCAGGGCCCCCUUUCUGUCCACAGUUUGAUGAAGGCCGGAACAACUUUGAAGGGGAGGUCACCAAGGAGAACCUGCUGGACUUCAUCAAAUACAACCAGCUGCCCCUUGUCAUCGAGUUCACUGAGCAGACAGCCCCGAAGAUUUUUGGAGGUGAAAUCAAGACUCACAUCCUGCUGUUCCUGCCCAAGAGUGUGUCUGACUAUGACGGCAAACUGAGCAACUUCAAAACAGCAGCCGAGAGCUUUAAGGGCAAGAUCCUGUUCAUCUUCAUCGACAGCGACCACACCGACAACCAGCGCAUCCUUGAGUUCUUUGGCCUGAAGAAGGAAGAGUGCCCGGCCGUGCGCCUCAUCACCCUGGAGGAGGAGAUGACCAAGUACAAGCCCGAAUCGGAUGAGCUGACAGCAGAGAGGAUCACAGAGUUCUGUCACCGCUUCCUGGAGGGCAAAAUCAAGCCCCACCUGAUGAGCCAGGAGCUGCCGGAGGACUGGGACAAGCAGCCUGUCAAGGUGCUUGUUGGGAAGAACUUUGAAGAGGUGGCUUUUGAUGAGAAAAAGAACGUCUUCGUGGAGUUCUAUGCCCCGUGGUGUGGUCACUGCAAACAGUUGGCUCCCAUUUGGGAUAAACUGGGAGAAACGUACAAGGACCACGAGAACAUCGUUAUCGCCAAGAUGGACUCGACCGCCAACGAGGUGGAGGCCGUCAAAGUGCACAGCUUCCCCACACUCAAGUUCUUUCCUGCCAGCGUCGACAGGACGGUCAUCGAUUACAACGGGGAACGCACACUGGAUGGUUUUAAGAAGUUCCUGGAGAGCGGUGGCCAGGAUGGGGCAGGGGAUGAUGACGAUCUCGAGGACCUGGAAGAAGCAGAGGAGCCAGACAUGGAGGAAGACGACGAUCAGAAAGCUGUGAAAGAUGAACUGUAAGACGGAAAGCCAGAUCGGGGCGCUGCCUAGACCUCUCGGGGCCGCACACCCAGCAGCAGCGCACACCUCUGAAGCCUGCGGCCCUCACCUGAAGGAGGGCGUCGCCGGAAACCCAGGGAACCUUUCUGAAGUGACACCUCGCCCCCACACACCGUCCAUUCACCCCCGUCUCUUCCUUCUGCUUUUCGGUUUUUGGAAAGGGAUCCAUCUCCAGGCAGCCCGCCCCACUGGGGCUUGUUUCCUGAAACCAUGAUGUACUUAUGGGUCUGUCCAGCGUGCUCGCCAGAGUGUUCAGAGUCUCGCUGCCUCCCUCCUGCGGGAGGUUUCUGCUCUCUUUGAAAAUUCCAUUUGUGGGAUUUUUAGACAUUUUUCGACAUCAGGGUAUUUGUUCCACCUUGGCCAGGCUUCUUUGGAGAAGCUUGUCCCCCGUGUGGGAGGGACGGAGCCAGACUGGACACGGUCACUCAGCACCGCGUGCAGUGUUGCCAUGACUGAUCAUGGCUCUUGCAUUUUUUGGGUAAAUGGAGACUUCUAGAUCCUGUCAGGGUGUCCCUCAUGCCUGGAGGAAGGGCUGGUGGCUGCCAGCCCUGGAGCCCAGCACAGGCCUGGGCCUUCCCCUUCCCUCAAGCCAGGGCUCCACAUCCUGUCGUGGGCUCAUUGCUUGUGACCACUGGCCUCUCUACAGCAUGGCUCGUGGCCUGCUUGAGGCAGAACCAGGACCCUUGACUCCCAGGCUGGGAGGUGGCCGAGGAUGCUGGAGCUGAAUCAGACGUUGACGGUUCUUGAGGCAUUUCUAUUUCGCAAUCUGGAAUUGAACACAUUGGACAAAUAAAGUUGAAAUUUUACCACCUG